UCGACGGGGCCUACAUGGAGCCACGGCGGCCCGGCCCCGGCCCUGGCCCCGGCCCCCGCGCCCGCUGCCUCUCCCGCUGCCCCGGGCCGGCUGGGGGGACUGUGGGCCCUUGCUCAGCGCCUGCCCCCACCCGGCCCGCCCCAGCCCCAGCCUACCCUGGUGCCGCUGUCGGCCCUGCUGUGUGGCCUAGGCCUCGGCGAGGGGCCUUGCCCCCCACCCUUGGAGCCGGCGGACUGGCCCGUCGGCCGCUGCAGCGCUGGCACGGCAGAGGUGCUGGCACGGCACAGCCCGGUGGUCGAGGAUGCCUGCGGGGCAGCAGGCCCCACGCGCGGGCGGAUGCUGUUCAAAGGCAGAGGGAACACGCUGCCCGGCCCCCCCAUGAGACACCCCACUGUGCCGUUCCGUGGAAAGCCCGGUACCACUGCUGUGCCCACCCUGCGCCCACCGGGACAUCAGCCCACUCUGCUGCCUGUGUCUGCCCCACGGACCCCCUCAUCUGCGGGCACACCGGCACCAGAGCUGAAGCCGACGGUGAAGGGAACUGCCAUAGCCGUGGGGCUGAACUCGGUUAAAAUCUCCUGCCAGAACGAAGCUGUCUACCAGUACCACGUUACCUUCAGCCCAGAGGUGGAGUGCAGGAGCACACGCUUCGCCAUGCUGAAGGAGCACCAGGCGGUGACAGGGGAUGUGACUGCGUUUGAUGGCUCCAUCCUCUACCUGCCCAAACUGCUCCCCCAGCCUGUCAGCCUGAAGGCUCAGAGGAGGAGCGACAGUGAGGAGAUCACCAUCACCAUCCAGAUAACCAAGGUCCUUGAGCCCAGCUCGGAUCUCUGCGUCCCCUUUUACAAUGUGGUUUUCCGAAGGGUGAUGAGAAUCUUGGAUAUGAAGCCCAUUGGGAGAAAUUUCUUUGAACCUGACCAGGCCACCGUGUUACAGCAUUACAGGCUGCAGAUUUGGCCGGGAUACUCUGUCAGCAUCCGAAAGAAGGACGGUGGCCUCUUCCUCUUGGUCGAUACCAUCCACAAAGUUAUCCACAGUGAUUCCAUCCUGAACGUCAUGCAUACCAUCUACAGGCAAAGUCUCAACAGCUUUCAGGAGGAGUGCUUCAAGCAGCUGGUGGGCAGCGUGGUCAUCACCCGCUACAACAACCGCACCUACCACAUCAACGACAUCGACUGGAACAAGACCCCAAGGGACAGUUUCACCCUGUUCAGCGGUGAGGAGAUCACCUUUGUGGACUACUACAGCAAAGCUUAUGGGAUCACCAUCAGGGAGCUGGACCAGCCGCUGCUUGUCCACAGGCCCAGGGAAAAACAGACGUCGGAUGGGAAGCGUCAGCUGGACCUGGUGCUGCUCGUGCCAGAGCUCACCUUCAUGACCGGGGUCCGCGAGAUGAGGAAGGACAGUCGAAUGGUGAAGGACUUGAUGAAGGAGAUGCUGCAGAGCCCCAAGCAGCACUACACGUGUCUCGCCAGCCUCCUGCGCAGGAUCAAGGACAACCCAGAGGCCUCGCAGGAGCUGAUGCGCUGGGGGCUCAGCCUGGACCCAGACAUCCACAGGACCCAAGGCCGAAUCCUGCCCGCGGAGAGGAUCAACCUGCGGCACAGCUCCUUCAUCCCCGUCGAGGACCUGAGGUGGAGCAAGGAAGUCACGAGAGAAGCCUCCAUCUCAGCGAUUGCCAUGAAUUACUGGCUGCUGGUUUACCCGAAGCGCUUGCAGGACGUGGCAAAGACUUUGGUGGCCACCAUGGAGAGCAUCUGCGGCCCCAUCGGCAUGCGUGUCAGCCAUCCCACCGUGGUGGAGCUGAAGGAUGACCGCAUCGAGACCUAUGCCAAGACUAUCCAAAGCGUUUUGAGUAGCGAGGACAAGGUGCAGCUGCUCCUGUGCAUAAUCUCCAGCAGCCGGGAGGAUUUGUACAGGGCCAUCAAGAAGCUGUGCUGUGUGCAGUCCCCGGUACCCUCCCAGGUCAUCAACGUGCAGUCCCUUUCAGGCCAGCCGGGCAAGCUGAGGACCGUGGUCCAGAAAGUUCUGCUGCAGAUGAACUGCAAGCUGGGAGGCGAGCUCUGGGGGGUCGACAUCCCCCUGAAACAGCUGAUGGUGAUCGGCAUGGACAUCUACCACAGCCGCAGCAAAGGGAUGCGCUCCGUCAUCGGCUUCGUGGCCAGCAUGAACCACAUCCUCACCAGGUGGUACUCCAGGGUGGUCUUCCAGAUGCCGCAUCAAGAGAUCGCCGACAGCCUGCAGCUCUGCCUGGCCAAUGCCCUCCGGCAGUUUCACGAGAUGAACCACUGCUUGCCCAAGAAGAUUGUCAUAUACAGGGACGGCGUGUCCGACAGCCAGCUCGACACCGUGCUCAAGUACGAGAUCCCGCAGAUGCAGAAGUGCUUCAAGACCUUUGAGAAUUACCAGCCCAGCAUGGUGGUCGUGGUGGUGCAGAAGCAAAUCAGCACCAACUUUUACACCGUGGAGGAGGAGCAGUUCGUGUCCCCUCCUCCAGGGACCGUCAUUGACCACACAGUCACCAGCUUGGACUGGCAGGAUUUCUUUUUGGUGGCCCAUCGCUCUCGCCAAGGCUGCAGCAUCCCCACGCGUUACAUCUGCGUGUUGAACACGGCCAACCUCAGCUUCGAGCACCUGCAGAGGUUAACUUUCAAGCUCUGUCACUUGUACUGGAACUGGCCGGGCACCAUCCGGGUCCCAGCGCCCUGCAAGUACGCACACAAGCUGGCCUUCCUCUCGGGACACAUCCUGCACCACGAGCCCAGCACCCAGCUCUGCGACAAGCUCUUCUUCCUGUAACCGGUGUGCUGGUGACAGGGGGAGAAGGGGGUCCCGGUGGUGUCCCCCUCCCCCGGCCGCUGCUGUUCAGUCUCCUGCAAGGGCAAUUUGUCUUUCCCCAAGUAUCUUUUUUUUUUUUUUUUUGGUAAUUAUUUUUAAAAACAUUUAAGUGGGUGCAUGGUUUCUUGGGCUCAUUUUUAUUGUUGUUUUUAAAGGAUGCUCGGAAACGUGCCAGCAUGGCCCCGCAUCAGUGGGCUUUCAGGAUUUAUCACCAUGAGAAUGAACCCAGAGCAAAACCCCGCUGCGGCAGGGCUGCCAGUCUCUGCCCACUGGUUUCCAGUCCUCCCAGCAAAGGGGUUUGAGUAAACGAGCCCCAACGGUGAUGCUGCUGCCACUGCCCAGGCUGCUGCUUGUGCCUGCCUGUCCCCGGGCAGGUGCUGGAUGCAAAUGCCGAAGAUUCCUGGUAUUUUUACCCCUUCCAUCUCUCACAUCGCCAGCGGGGCAACUACCGGUUUAAAUUUUUACUUUGUUUUUUCGAGCUUCUGUUCAAGAGAGCCAGCUCCAGUUUGGCUGCUUGGCACAUCCUUGAAAAGUCACUGGUUUUUCAAGGAGAAGCCCUUUAUUGUUAUUGGGUUUUGUUUUUUUUUUUUAUUCUGUCGGGUUGGAAGCGGGGAAGUUUUCAGGCAUUUCUUCGCUGUGGGCAAGAGCUGUUUGAGCCGCUGGCAGGGGGCUGCGGAGGGGCCACAAGAGCAUCCCCAAAAUCGCCAAGAUUUCACCUCAGCAUGCCCCCAGCCCGCUCAUAAUGCAAGCACCAGCAGGGGUGGGGGUAGGGGAGGACCCCCCCCCCCCCCACUUCCAGCCUUUUCCCUCCCUUUUAAUGCAGAAAAGUUAAAGAUUUUUUUUUUUUUUUUCUGUAACUGCAGUUUUCAGUUAACUUCUAUAAAAUUGUUGCUGGCA